AAUCUAUGUAGCUGCUCCUCGAUGACUUCAUGCUUUCUUUUUCCCCGGCGAGACUUCACUACUCAAUUCGAUCCCUAGUUUAAUUGAUCUAAUUCGAACAAACCAAAUCAAGGAACAGAGGAAGGAGCAGAGCAAAAACAUCCAUCAUUCACCAUGGAAUCGCCGACAACUUCACCCCAAAUUGAGUAUCGAGAAACAAGAACGAUGAACCCAUAAAUCGAUCAAACAAAAUAGAUUUACCUCAAUCAAACCUGUUUUUAACUAUUCGACCUCAAUAAAUUAAACCCAGAAAUCAACAAAAUAGAUUGACUAACCCAGAACACAUCGACGAACAAAAACGAGGAACCCAGAGAACACUGAACCAGAAAGACGAACCCAGAACACUGAACAAUAACGACGAACCCAGAACGACAAACCUAAAACGACGCUAGCGAGGUGAUCUGCCGCGCACGAGGGAGGAGAGAGAAGGGCGGGGAAGCAGAUCCGGCUCCGACUGCUGUGGGAUUAGGUUUUCCGGGAAUAGACAUUAGCGAAUUAGGUUUGGGAAGUGGCGGCGCGGAAUAGAAGAAGCAACCUCUCUCGACGAACUUCUUCGCUUUGAUUCCGUCUCCGACUUCUCUUCGUAUCCGAAGUACAAUUCUUACGGUUGUCGGCAGAGGAAGAGCAGGAGAAGGAGGAGAUUUUGGGCCGGUGGAUUCCAGAUUUGCGAUGUAGCAAUGGGUUCCUCGCAAAUCCAGACCGAUUUGCAAUGUGAACCGGGGAGAAAGGAUUGAGGGGGUGAAUGGUGGAGAUGAAACGUUUUUAUUUUAAUUUUCAUUGUUUUUUAUUUUAAUUUUUAUUAAAUAAAUUAAAAUUCCACGUCAUGUGCCACAUCAAUGCUGACUGGACUUUCUGUUAAAAACUAACGGUCAAAACGAGUCAACUUUAACAGAAAAAUAGGUCAGGACAUGAAUGGAAUAUUGGAAACAAUAGGACACAAAUGACAUUUUUCGGAUAGUUCGGAGUGUUGUAGUGGUUUUAGUCCUAAAUGAUUUAUACGUAGGUAAAUUAUUGAGAUAAUCCGCUCUAAAAUUACACUGUGGGUAAAACAAGCGUAGAAUUCUUUGGAUAAUCAAACCGUGCCAACCGCCAACAAGGUCAAGAAGAUUUACAAUUGUAGUAGAACAUCCAUCGGGAUUUUCCAAAACUAAGACUACCUAUGACUUUUGCAACAUUAGCACGAUAUGACUAUGAGCUGGCUUUUAGCAUGGCUUCGCACUUGGUAGAGAAUAGCAUAAGCGAUUACCAGCAUUCAAUACAGCCACAAUCGUACGAUGAUUUUAUUGAGUACCUACCACCAGCAUGUUACAAUCUAUCUACAGAAGUUAUCAUACUGGCCCCAAAUUCCAGCCUUAAAUUCUUCAAGAAAGAAACGAAAGCCAAAUUGGACAAUCGACGAAACAGGGGAACUUGCUUUAAGUCAAUGGAUACAGAUACGCUUCAUUAAGGAAAAAUCAAAACCCACUACAGUUUCCCUUUGCCGACCCUCCAUUAAUGAAGCGCCAGUACGAUUACUCCAUGGUCCCUCCAAUUUAUACACAAAGUUCGCAGCUUUCGUUUUGCCAGAGUAAACCCCAAAAAACAGAGUGUGCUGAGAGUGAAAGCCUUACUCUGUUUUUUUACUUUUUAUUUUUUUGUUUACAAACAGAGCAAUGUCGAGCCCAUCGAUUCCCUUCUUCUCAUUUGCCGUUGUGGGUUUGAUCCUCCUCUUCGCCUCCGGACCCGCUUCCGCCCGGAUUCAAAUCCCGGCCAACGAAUCCGUGCCGGCGGCUUUAGUGUUCGGCGAUUCAAUCGUCGAUACGGGGAACAACAACAAGAUCCUUACUUCCCCUGCUAGAUGCAACUUCCCGCCCUACGGCAGGGAUUUCUACGGCGGAGUUCCCACCGGAAGAUUCUCCAACGGGAAAGUCCCGUCCGAUUUCCUAGUGGAAGAGCUUGGGAUUAAGGACACUCUGCCGGCGUACAAGGACCCGAACUUGACGCCGGAGGAUCUACUCACCGGCGUUUGCUUCGCUGCCGGCGGUGUCGGGUACGAUGACUUGUCGUCAAAAACCGCGUCGGUGCCGCCAUUGAGCGAACAGCUGAGAGAGUUCAAAGAGUACGCAAACAGGGUGAAAGCUAUGCUUGGAGAAGAAGCGACGGCCAAGUUCUUGGCCGAUAGCGUAGUUCUAAUCGUUCUGAGUAGCAACGACAUAGCCAACACUUACUUCAACUCUCGCCUGAGGGAGCUCCAGUACGACUUCCCUACUUACGCCGACAUUUUGGUCAAAACCGCUACAAAAUUCGUUAUGGAUUUGUAUGCGGUGGGGUCCAAAAGAAUCGGAGUGUUUGGAGCGCCGCCGCUCGGGUGUAUUCCAUCUAGCAGGACGGUGGCAGGCGGGUUAGAGAGAAAGUGCAGUGACAAAUAUAAUCAGGCGUCGCAGUUGUUCAACUCCAAAUUAUCAGCGGGGUUGAAUUCUUUGAAGGGAAACUUGGACGUUUCUGCUAGAGUCGUCUACAUCGACGUCUACAAUCCUCUCCUUGAUGUCAUCAACAAUUAUCAAUCUUAUGGUUUCGAGGUGGCGAACAAAGGAUGCUGCGGGACAGGGACAAUCGAGGCAUCGGUGUCGUGCAACAAAUACAGCCCUUUCACUUGUCCCGAUGCUUCCAAAUAUGUCUUUUGGGACGGCUACCAUCCGUCGGAGAAGGCCUACAAGCUUCUCGUCAGUCGGGUUCUUACCAAGUACGUGCCGGAACUAAUGUAGUAGUAGCACAGUCGCCGACCGACUUCGCCGGCCGGAAUCAGGGGAAAGACUUUACUAUAUAAUAUAUGAUAUGGUAAUAUAUUGAAGACUGUGUAAAAUGAUUGAUUGGUCAGUCAAACUGUCAGGCGAUUCCUUGUCAUGUGAUUGAUGAUGAACUGGUGGUGAAGAAUGACUGACUGAAACAUAAAAACGAGAGGGAAAGAGAAUUUUAUAUUAUUAAGUGGGCCGGAAAAUCAUGGACAUUGAAUAGGCUUUCUGUUAUUUUGCUGCCUCUUCACUUGUGGGCUUGUGGCGUGAACCAUUCAGUUUGAAAAAUAAAGAAAGACAAAUUCACUACAGGGUGAGGUUAGGAAUGACAAUGAGUCGGGUUUUGUCAAAUUCAAACUCAUGGGUUUAUCAGUCAAAAAAUUUUGGGGUAAAAUUCAUUAGGUUUGGACAACACCAAUUUAGAAAAUUCAAACAAAUCGCAAUUAUACUAAAUAAAACCACACGGAAUAAGUGUAGUGAGAGUUAGAUUGGGGGAAAUUAGAAUUAGGGUAAGGUUUAAGGAGAGUAGGCCGACGAAAUAAGUGUGGGCAAGUAUCCAUGAGUCGGGUAUCUCUAAACCUGAUGAAUAGUGUACGGGUUUAAACCCGAACCCGGCUCAAAAUCCGUCAACACGAAUUUUACUCGCGUUGACCGGAUUGGGUCGGAUAGAAUACCCGUGGGUUCGAGUUUUAUUGUCAUCCGCUAUGAAUCAUAAACAAAAGCCAAGGUCGAACAUUGAGUAGCGUGGAUGUUAUUUGUCAAUGGUACAAUAUCUAGAGUCAAAUCAGCAGACGAGCUGCAUUUUGAUUAUGGUUGACAAAAAGGAGAAAUAUACAACAAAAAUACAUAACUUUGUAUACAAAGACAUUUCUCAAGACAUUAACCCUUUCUGGCACUCUUUAUUUUUCCAUAUUAUAUUUUCGAUAGAAAUUCCACUGCAAAUCUGCAAAACACGACUACACAUUUCUAUUCAUUAUAUGAUAUAAUGAAUAGAGUACGAAAUUUAUUAACUUGUAUGACUCUUAUCUAGCGACGUCAUUAGUCUUACCAAAAUCUUCUCAAUUUCAAUAGUGAUUAGCAUUUUAUUUCAUUUUGAAGUUUAUUUAUAUCUUUCAUUAUUUUGGAUGUCAAGAUUUUAUAGGCCUUCUCUGUGAGAUGAACACUAUCCCAAAAUAUGUAAUUUGAAGCAUUGGUACACGUCGAGCUCAAAUGGUUGCAAAGAACCGCAAACUCUAGCUCCCCUGUCCCACAGCACCCAUCCUUCACAUCAACAAACCCUGCAAAUUGACCCACGUACAAUUAAACCAAACUCAAUCCCUCAACACAAUUUAAGAGAAAAAUACACUAAGAGUUGUACUUUAACGUAAGAACCAGUCACACUCAAUAACUUUAAGUUACGUUU